UUCAUCGGAUCGUGGUAACGAAAACCACGCCUUUGGAACGUUUCGGACAAUAUGUUGCGUGUAUCCGUACCAUACGCUAUCUCUAUCCGUUUGCAUAACUUUUAUGCUAGCACCGUUCAUACUCGCACAGCAGAACGGUGGUCGACGGCGCGCAUCCGAAGAAAUACUGGAAUGUGUUGGUUCCACGCAACAAGUACGGCAUCUGCAACAUCGAGUCGGGACGCGAUAUGCUACAUAAGAGCGCAUCGCACUGCAGCGGAACUUCAGUUUCGUCGAAACCGCCGAACGGAUAACUUCGAAGGAUAUUUCUCUCGCUCUCAGUGUUGCGCCCUUUCUCAGUCGUAUUUAUCGUGAGCCCGCGAAAACUGACGAACCAAACGAAAGAUUUCAACUGUGUUAGCACGUGUGUUGGUUUGAAAUUCUUGAAGAAUAAUUUUGUGGAACAAUUUGUGAGGACUUUGGUGACGAGUGUCUGUGCUGUUGGUGAAAUAAAAUCAAAACCUUGGAAGCAGAAAGAUGGCUGUGGGAUUUAUAGCUGAUCCAGAUGAAGCUGCAGUACCGAAAUCAGCUUCAAUCAUGCACAACAACAAUCAAUCGCAACCGUUGCCUGGCGAUACAGCACCGACUCAUCUGGAGUAUCAAACUCCUACGGAUCUGGACGACCUGUCGGUAGUGAUCACUACCUUACGAAUGAGAAGUUUGAUGCAGCAGAUCAUCGUCAACCUGAUUGCCCAUGUGAUGCUGUUUGGUGGAUUGGGCAGUCCGGAACAUGCGCUGUGUCCUGACUGCGUGCUGUUGGUGUUGUUGUUUCGCUAUUACAUUUAAUCCAACACGAAGUGAGCUGUGUGUGGGCGCAUUAAUCGAUGCUCCUGAUCGAUCCUGAACCUGUACAGAACCGCCUAUAGUUAAUCCUGCUCAUCAAAAGGUCUGUGAUAGGUUAAGGUUCUUGUUUCUUUAUUUUCAAAAUCGCAUACUCCCAGCUCUUCCUCUUCGACUCUUGAAGUGGGAAGUUGUUGAGGAGCUACAAAUGUACAAUUGGAAAAUAAAGUAAAGAAGCAACCAUGUUAGGCUAAGAUCACUUGCAGUAGUAGGGAUAAGUGUGGCACGCAUAGUGGGAUGUGAUCGUGUGCUUUUUAGAGUUUAGAGUCCGAAUAGCUGAUCGGUCGAGGACGGAAUGCUGGCAGAACGGCUCGAGUUGCAUUUCCUUACGCUUGUCGUCUGAAUAUCGCUAGCACCAUGAUGGAGAUAGUCCAUCAAACUGUGUACGCCUGUGAGCAAAUAUAAAAGCAAAUAAAUAUGUGUUAGAGCGAUUACGUUACUUAAAAGAUCUUGUUUUUAUUGUACAAUUUAUUCAAUUGCUAAUUAUUGAGAAUGACGAAAUCAAUUAUUUUUCUUUAAUAGGUCCGAUAUUUUUCCAUCUUUUUAUCACAUACAGAGAUAGCAUAUAAUAACGGGGGUGGGGAGAGUUUGCAGUUAAUUCGGGUGUAUCUGAUAUUCUCAGACAUUCGCCUCCAGGGAGAAUUUGUGUUCUCAAGAAGUCUCUUCUAUUGCAAGAUGACUCUCUGGAACUUCUGUUUGGAGAAAACUUAUGCAUUCUCGCGCAUUCUCCGACGACCUCUUCCGGUGUAUAAAGAUGUUUGGUUGGAGGAGCUCCCAAAGUUGCCUCGGUGAGUCAUAGUCUCAAAUAGUGUUUUACUAUUUAUGAUAAUCUGCUACUGACCUUUUUUUAUUUAUCUUUUGUUUUUUUUCAGAUAUUAAUAAGAAGACAAUAUCACAAAUAAUUUUCUUUUUUCAAUGCAAAAUACUACUGUAAAGUAUAAACAGCAAUGG